GCCUCCUUAACUGAAUGCUGGCACUUCAUAGUGGGGAGUGCAAAGGAGAGGGUCAGAAAGAUUGGUGGGUGGGGAUAGAACCCUUUUGGGAAAGAGAAGAAAAAAAACUAAAAAAAAUCACGUGUUUGGAGAUCAAAGGAGAUCCGCUUUGUAGAGGAGGAGGAGGAGGGGGGUGAGAAAGAAAGAGGGAGAGAGAGCAGGAGAGGGAGGGAGGAGGAGGACAGAGCGUUUGCAGGCAGUGUAAUUGACAAAGCUUGCAGUGGUGAAAUAAACACGCUUGAGCCCAGACGCUUUUAUUGCACAAUUUCGUCUCUUUUGACGCACCGCACCACAGCGCGCGCGGGCCGGAUUUCAAUUACUUUUCCCCCCCGACUAAUUAAUCCGUGUGAAAUUAUGUCCCGAUCGGCGCAGAUCCAGCCGGCAAGAUGAUGAUUUUACCGAGGGGAAGCUCAGAUCGUGUGCCCGACUCGGUGCUCCUGGUGAUCUUGGUGGCCGCUGCUUCUCUUGGUACCGUCUUCGCCAAGGAUACUGCCUUUGUGGAAGUGGUUCUGUUCGAGUCCAGUCCCAAUGGAGAUUAUACUACUUACACGACUGGCUUGCAGGGACGGUUCUCCAAAGCAGGAGCCACUAUCAGCGCGGAGGGGGAGAUCGUUCAAAUGCAUCCUUUGGGACUAUGUAAUAAUAAUGAUGAAGAGGACCUUUAUGAGUACGGCUGGGUCGGGGUGGUGAAGCUGGAACAACCUGAGCUGGACCCCAGUUGUCUCACGGUGCUGGGAAAGGCGAAGAGAGCAGUGCAGCGCGGCGCCACAGCCGUCAUCUUUGAUGUGUCGGAGAACCCAGACGCCAUCGACCAGCUGAACCAGAUCGCAGAGGACCCUCUGAAGCGGCCGGUGGUUUACGUGAAGGGCAACGAUGCUGUCAAGCUAAUGAACAUCGUCAACAAGCAGAAAGUGGCUCGUGCUCGGAUACAACACAGACCACCGAGGCAGCCCACGGAAUACUUCGACAUGGGCAUCUUCCUGGCUUUCUUCGUGGUCGUGUCGCUGGUUUGCCUCAUCCUGCUCAUCAAGAUCAAGCUCAAGCAGCGCAGGAGCCAGAGCUCCAUGAACAGAAUGGCCAUCCAGGCUCUGGAAAAGAUGGAGACGCGAAAGUUCAAGGCCAAAGGGAAAGGCCAGCGCGAGAGCAGCUGCGGAGCUUCGGAUUCACUGAGUAGCAGCUCCACCUCUGACUGCGCUAUCUGCCUGGAGAAGUACAUGGAUGGGGAGGAGCUGCGGGUUAUUCCCUGUGCUCACAGGUUUCAUAAGAAGUGUGUGGACCCCUGGCUGCUCCAGCAUCACACCUGUCCCCACUGCAGACACAACAUCAUCGAACAAAAGAAGGGAAACCCUGGUCCAGCGUGUAUGGACCCUGGUAACCCACUCCACAGCCGCCAGCGGGUGGUGCUGCCAGUUCAUUACCCUGGCAGGGUGCACCGAGCGGGCCAGGUCACCGCCUACCCAACCAGAACCAGCAUGGACCCCCACGGCAACCCCAUCACCGUGCUCACUGUGGACCAGCACCCGGACCCCCAAGGCCUGUAUCCGCCGCAGUCGUCGGCUUUUCUCCGGAGCUACCACCCCGCCCUCCAUCUGGACCAUGCGCUCAACCCCCACCACUGUGGAUUAGAGCACCGCGGACCCCCCGGCUACCCGGCACAGCCGCAUCACGCUGCUUUUAAACGACCCAAGUUCCAUGGUCGCAACUUUUCACGUACAGCUUGCUUCUCUCAGUACGAGACUAUGUACCAACACUACUAUUUUCAAGGGCUGACUUUCCCCCAGCAGCCUGACGGUGGCCCGGGGCCAGCAGUGGCAGGGCAGCUGGGCGGAGGAGGCGGGGCCCACAAAGGCCACCACAGCAGGGCUUUUCAGCAGGGACUGUUAUACCCUACAGUGGUACACAUGGCACCUGCCUCGUCCUCAAGGAUAGGGGAUAACGGUAGCACAUCAGGUCUGAGCUGUUACCACGGCCACCGCUCCGUAUGCAGUGGUUAUCUUGCGGACUGUCCUGGCAGCGACAGCAGCAGCAGCAGCUCAGGCCAGUGCCACUGCUCCUCCAGCGACUCCAUGUUGGACUGUACUGAGGUCAGCAACCAGGGCGUGUACGGAAGCUGCUCCACCUUCCGCAGCUCACUGAGCAGUGACUACGAUCCUUUCGUCUACCGGAGUAAGAGUCCGUGUAGGGGUUCUACGGGUGAAGCAGGGGGUGCAGCUUGCACAGUUCCUGCUGAGGACUCGUCAUCACUUGCUCCCCUGGGACAUGACUGCCUUCAGCUUCCUCCUGGAGCUUCAGGAUACAACUCUGGGGACCACCUCUCCAACUGCAGUUUGGAGCCCAACUACAGCAGUCGCUCAUCACUGGAACCCAGGGAUAACAGCAACACUAGCACUACCUCAGCUGGAGCUUCAGACGCUCCUGGAGCAGACAGGGGCAAAGGGGGGCAGGAGGAGUCAGGGGAGCUGGGAGCUGCAGCGUGUAGCUGCUGCUUCGAGGUGCUUCCUCCCAGUGUGGAGUGCAAAGGACAGGACUCGGACCAAGCUGGGCCUCUGGCCUCGGGACACUGUCCAAGAGGGGGGGACUUUCAGAGCUCCACAUCCAAGAACUAUUUUGCUCCUGAGCACAUGUGCCCUUCCUCAGAGCCGGUGAACUACGAAGGCUUGCCUUGCUGCUUCUACAAGGAGAUGAAGGUCCACAGGGCUGCGGCCGGGCGCUAUACCGAGGAUUAUGCCGUUAACGUGCAGUAUGCACAUGCAGACUCGGAGCCCUGCUCUGGACAGGGAUGCCGCGAACUCAACCAGAGAAUACCCAUAAUUCCCGAGGACAUAGAUUGUGAACUAGGCACAGGGGCAGAGACCCAAAGCAGUCUAGUGCCCAUCAGUGUCACUGUGGAGGCAGAGGUGUGGACAGGAGAGCAACGCGAGCCCAGGGAGGCGUACUUCACCUCAGGACAAUUUCGAGGUCAGCCAUACCCUCAGCUGGAGGAGACCAGGGCUUUGUUCCACCCUCAGCUCUCUGCAAGCCCCACUGCAUUGGGAAGCAGUGCUUCAACAAGUGAGGGAGGUUUGGGAAUAUGAGCCCAGAGAGAAGGGACUCAGAAGUAUGUAUUUGGUACCAUAACUGUCAGUCGUCAUUGAAACCCUCAGCUGCCUUGUUGUAACCUUACUCUCCGAGCGCUGAAUGUUAUCAUCUUAGAUUGUGUGGAGUUCUACUGACAUGGCCUCUCAUUUCUAGAUAAACUGUGCAUUGAGUUCAUUCCCAAGGCCAUAAAUGUCUCAGCACCCACGUUGUUACAGCAGCCCAGAGAUAACGUCAAUAAAAAAAAGGGGGUUGUAACCUAGAAGUAGGUUGGUAGCAGCAUCUAUUUGCAGUUGAGCCACUGGCAUCAAGGUUCAGGCUCCUUCAGUGCAGAAAUUGGUCAAAGUCUUUGCAUUGUCCAAGAUAUUCAGACGCCAUCUUCUGUGCAACAUUUGUACAAAAAGACAAACUCUUAAUACAUAAACAUCUGCAUCUUCACACAUACGCUUAGACUAUGUGCGCACAUGAACACUGACUGCCUAUAAAAGCUUCAAUUACCAACUUUAGGUUGUACAAACAUAGCUUUACCAAAACAGAAAGACAUGAUUGUUGUUUGUUUUUCUUAGUUUUCAAGAGGAGGGAAAUGCGUUUGAGUCUGUGACCCACACAUUUCUCUGAGGAGGAGGAGAAGCUAUAUUAUACAUUGCAGAGGAAAUGCAUAGAAAUGUGAAUGCACGGCUGACACUGGUCUCUACUCGAUAUAACACAAUUAGUUUUAUGCAUUGCAUUUCUGUCCAGUAGUGGCCUACCUGUAUGAGAUGUGCCAGAGCAACAUGAAAGCCUUAUGCUGGGAAGCUAUUUGUAGCAAUAUCUAAAGAUAUUCUGAUUCACUCUGGUCUGAUCUGCAGGCCACAGCGACAGUGUCCAGGGGUCAGUAGGCUUCUCCUACAGUAGAGUGCAGCACUCUACCUCUCAUCUGGAAGUGUUCAUUUUGCUGUCACGUACCCAAUCUCCUCUAUGAGGCAUGAGCUGGCAAAUAUCGAAAUGUUUCUAGCAAGCAUCACAAGGCCAAAGGAAAGUAGCUGGAAGAAGGGGUCCUUAUUGUACUGUGACUUUUUUUUUUUAUAAACAAUGCAGUUAUAUGAACCACAAUGUAUCCGUUUGAAUCAUAUCGUGCUGUGCAUAACAUAGUCGCUUGUCAUUCAUGCCUUUCUGUUUGUCCUGCAGACUGUUUUUAUACUGUUUCUAUGAAAUAUACACAUUCUCUUCAGAGGAAAACCUUCUGAAAUAACACUAUUUAUAAAGUUAACCCAGUGCUGUAAUCAAGUGAAAUCUAAUCUUGCCUUUUGCAUAGAGUUAUGUACCUACUGCAAAUAUAACAUUUUCGGGUACUGGAGUCACUAUUUAAUUUUUGUUAUUGUUUCUAGCACUUAAGAUUAAAAUGUGUACAAAAUUAAUAUUUUUUAAUUUUUUAAGAAUAUAAUUAUUUUGUCAUUACCAUUACAAAUGUUUAAAAAAGGCUAGAAAUCAAUCUGUGUAUAUUUCUGUAUCUGUAUAGCAAACACAUUUCAUAAAUGGAAAUAUGUUCUCUGAAUAUUUAUUUACUAAUAUAUUUAUCUUUAAGCCAUGUCUUAUGUUCAGAGUGUAUGAACGUUUUGAGUUGUUUGAUUGCUUUUAUUUUCAGAAAAAUCACUAACAUGAGACUUUGUAUAUACAUGGUAAUUGCACACAAGACGAUUAAAUCUUCUGACCAAAAAACUGAUUUUAAAACUUUAGUACCAUACAGUUUUGUAAUUAAAGUGUACAAAGAUCUGUAAAAUAUACAGUUUUAUUCAAGUAA